UUGGGAUUACAGGCGUGAGCCACAGUGCCUGGCAAAAUUUUAAGUAUUGAUUGCUCAGGAAAAAAAAUUAAAAUGCUGGGGUGCUGAAAUCUCAAGGGCCCCAUUACAACACUCCUUAGGAGCCUCGCCCUCUAUCUGCUCUAAGGACUGGUCCCAGAAUGAGAGAAUUUAAAAGACAUCCCCCCACAAAGAUGUUCAUAAUGUCACCCUGGAAACCUGUGAAUAUGUUAUAUUACGUGACAAGGGAGAAUUUAGAUUGCAGAUGGCAGUAAGAUUGCUAAUGAGCUGACCUUAAGAUAAGGAGAUGAUCCUGGGUUAUCUGGGUGGACCCAAUGUAAUCAAAAGGGUCCUUAACUGUGGAAUAGUGAGGUGGCAGAAUCAGAGUCAGAGUGAUACAGUGAGUGAAAGACUUGAUCAGCCAUCACUGGCUUUGAAUACGGAAGAGGGUCAUGAGCCAGGGAAUGCGGGCAGCCUCUGGAAGCUGAAAAACAAGAAAGUGGAUUCUCCCCUGGAACCUCCAGAAGGAAUGUGGUCCUGCCAAGCCCUUGCCAGUGAGCCAUUUCAGACUUCUGACCUCCAGGACCGUCUGGCUCCUGUGGCUAGAGCCCUGGUGCCCACAGCUCAACCUGGACCUUUCCACCCUUGAAGGGCUCAUGAAGGAGCUGCCACCUCCAAGUCGGCUGCAGCUGUGCAUCCGCUCAGACCACCAGACUCCAUGGAGAUGCUGAACUCUCUUUGUUCUCCCAACAAGUACUAGGCAAGGAGGGAAGGAAGAGAAGAGGAGGCUAAGGCCUGGGUUGGAUAACUGCCUGACAUUUUACUGUAAGUGCAUUGUGUGCCCAAGCUCAGGGUUGUCCCGUCUAGACCAUUAAAGUCACACAGUGCGAUCUAAGAAGACACUGAGCAUUCAGCCCUGGCACGUGACCUGGCUCAGCACUCGCUGGGUGUCUGCCGUCUCUUCCCACAGUCUCUCUGUUUCCUCGAGUCACUCCCAGGGACGAGGAUGACAAGACUGCCUGUGGCCAUGAGCCCUCCCCGGUGCUCCUGGGGUUAAGGCUGGGGCUGCAGCCAUGGGGCUGGAUCGGCCCCAGGCCUGGUUGCUGGGUCUGCCCACAGCUGCGGUCUAUGGCUCCCUGGCUCUGUUCACCACCAUCCUGCACAAUGUCUUCCUGCUCUACUAUGUAGACACCUUUGUAUCAGUGUACAAGAUCAACAAAAUGGCCUUCUGGGUUGGAGAGACGGUGUUUCUCCUCUGGAACAGCCUCAAUGACCCCCUCUUCGGCUGGCUCAGUGACCGGCAGUUCCUCAGCUCCCAGCACCGCAGGUCAGGCGCUGGGCUCUCCUCAAGGGCUGUGGUGCUGGCCCGGGUGCGGGCCCUGGGCUGGCAUGGGCCGCUGCUGGCGCUGUCAUUCCUGGCAUUCUGGGUGCCCUGGGCCCCAGCUGGCCUGCAGUUCUUGCUGUGCCUGUGCCUCUAUGAUGGCUUCCUGACGCUCGUGGACCUGCACCACCACGCCUUGCUGGCCGACCUGGCACUUUCAGCCCACGAUCGCACCCACCUCAACUUCUACUGCUCCCUCUUCAGCGCAGCCGGCUCCCUCUCUGUCUUUGCCUCCUAUGCCUUUUGGAACAAGGAGGAUUUCUCCUCCUUCCGCGCUUUCUGUGUGACACUGGCUGUCAGCUCUGGGCUGGGCUUUCUGGGGGCCACACGGCUGCUGAGGCGGCGGGUUGAGGCCGCCCGAAGGGACCCAGGGUGCUCAGGCCUGGCUGUGGAUUGCGGCCUGUGUGGAGAGGAGCUGCUUGUGGGCAGUGAGGAGGCAGACAGCAUCACCUUGGGCCAAUAUCUCCGGCAGCUGGCACGCCAUCGGAACUUCCUGUGGUUUGUGAGCAUGGACCUGGUGCAGGUCUUCCACUGCCACUUCAACAGCAACUUCUUCCCUCUCUUCCUGGAGCAUCUGUUGUCUGACCAUAUCUCCCUUUCCACGGGCUCCAUCCUGUUGGGCCUCUCCUAUGUCGCUCCCCAUCUCAACAACCUCUACUUCCUGUCCCUGUGCCGGCGCUGGGGCGUCUACGCGGUGGUGCGGGGACUCUUUCUGCUCAAGCUGGGCCUUAGCCUGCUCAUGUUGUUGGCUGGCCCAGACCACCUCAGCCUGCUGUGCCUCUUCAUUGCCAGCAACCGCGUCUUCACUGAGGGCACCUGUAAGCUGCUGACCUUGGUGGUCACCGACCUGGUAGAUGAGGACCUGGUGCUGAACCACCGCAAGCAGGCAGCCUCGGCACUCCUCUUUGGCAUGGUUGCCCUGGUGACCAAGCCAGGCCAGACCUUUGCCCCGCUGCUGGGCACCUGGCUGCUCUGUUUCUACACAGGUCAUGACCUCUUCCAGCAGUCCCUGAUAACCCCGGUGGGGAGUGCCCAUCCUUGGCCAGAGCCCCCAGCCCCAGCCCCUGCACAGGCCCCGAUGCUCCGCCAGGGCUGCUUCUACCUGCUGGUGCUGGUACCCAUCACCUGUGCUCUGCUGCAGCUCUUCACCUGGUCCCAGUUCACGCUGCACGGGAGACGCCUGCACAUGGUCAAGGCCCAGCGCCAGAACCUGUCACAGGCCCAAACCCUGGAUGUUAAGAUGGUGUGAGAGCUGUGGCAAGGCCACCCCACUGAGGACGCUGCCAGCAGCCUGGGGGAGGAGCCAGUUUUUUGUUUUUUGUUUUAAGGAUUUCAUAGCUGUUUUGUUUUUGUUUUUGUUUUUGGAGAUGUUCCCUCAAAAAAUUGAUCUGUUGCCCAGGCUGGAGUGUAGUGUUGCAAUCUGGGCUCACUGAAACCUCCACCACCCAGGUUCAAGCGAUUCUCCUGCCUCAGCCUCCCGAGUAGCUGGGAUUACAG